CCCCCCCUCCUCUACGACCAAAAUCUCUUCCAAAAGCUAGAGUGACAGUUACCGAACGAUUCUCUCAGCCGGAGACGGUGGCCGGUCACCGUGCAUUGCGUGCACUCACAUCCCAAAAAACUCCCGAGAGCGUAACUGGCAGAGCGACGACGGCCAACUAUCAACCGUGGGAUGGGGGGGGUGCGUUUGCCUUAAUAUAGGACGGCCACUGGUACGGCAAGCGUUAUUCCAGUGCAGUGUCUCGUACAGUGCGUUUAGUAGUGGUGCAAGUGCAGUCGCUGGUGCGUUUGCUACUUGCCAAUGUUUCGGUUGGUUUGGUUGACUCGGGCUAUAGUUCUGGUGUCGUGCAACUGCGGUAACGUUGUUUGUUUACACUGGUAGACUCUUCUCGCAGUAGGAAUGUAGGGUUUUUUGAAGUACCAGAUAGGGCGGUAUUGGUUUUAUUUUUUUUGACGGAUUUUAUGCAGACUUUGUGCAGCCAUCUAUCAACUUCCUCCAAGUGUUUGUUUUGAACGCAACAUUCACAUCAAUCAACUAACAGUACCUCACGCAUCAAAACGUUCGUGAGACGCUUCAAACAAACUCGCAUCACAAUACACCGUGGAGGAAUUCUUUACAAAAAGGGCUCGAAUUCCAACCUAAAGAGCAUUAGUGUUUCGAUAUCCGGAGAGAUCGAGUCAAGAUCAGACCAACCGAACCACUGUGUGAAUUGAUAGUGCAACAUCCAAGAUUACAGCUGUGGAUGGAGUAGAGUGGACGUUCGGCGACAUGCAACACGCUUGAUUCAGUCGCCUAGAUACAUGAGGGGGUGACAUCGAGAUGGGCCAGGGGCUCGAACCGUCAACUGCAGAUCUCUUUCUGUUCUCCCGGUCGCAGCCCCCCCAGCUUCCGUCUCGUACCGAUUUCUUCGAGCGAUCGAAGAAGCAAGCGCAUACUAAGGACAACAGUAGCAGCAGCAGCAGCAGCGAGGGAAGAAGCGGCAGCAACGGCCGUUCCGUUGCGAGUAACCGUGAUACGGGCGACGUACGGUUUGCGUUGACUGGAUGCAGCAAUAGCCACCGUAUUGUCGGUACAAAUAUACAGUCCGGUGCAGCUGUCCAUCACGCACAGCAACGGUGGCCCCCACUAACAUACUACACCAACUAUUUGCUGCAGUACAUCAGUGCGAUUGGCGUACGGUGGAUGUCAUUCGUUUGACGUUCUUCUUCAAACUUUCAUGAGUUUUCAACUAACGCACAAAACAAUGGAGUUUGGCUAGGAAUGGAACCGGGCCGUCAGUGAACAACGCUAAAGGUGUAAAAUCUCGUUCUCGAGUGGGAGUGAAAGCAAAUGUAGUAAAAUACGCACACUAACCACACGGGUGACCGAACUCCAGUAAAAAAAAAAUAAUAAUAAUAAUCACAGCAGCAAAACCGAAGACGACUAUCGCAGACGCAUUCACAACCCAGCAAGAAAGCAGAGCCGGUGACAGAUACAACAAAAACACACACACACAUAUACACACCUAGAAAACGUCACCGUCUGGAAGUAUUCCAAAACCAUAUCCACAUAAAACCGAACGGGUAUUACUCCUGUACAACUUUUCCCCUACCGCCACAAAGGGCACUCGAGCAGCAGUUGUGGUGAUACGUGGUGGAGAGGAAGAUUCAGCCCAAGGAUAUCGCUGAACCAGUACAUCCAUAGUAUCUCCAAGUCGUUGGUAGAGUGUCUGGUUUGCUACACUGUUCAGCACUAAGUAAACUCCAGUAAAAAUAACCUACUAUGACUGCGUGAUCCAGCCCGUACGCAGUCACAGCAUAAACUUCACCACAAACAAUAUCUCUCCAGAAAAUUCUCCGUUACCAAUACCUUCAACUACCUUUGACGCACUUACGCUAUCGGGCCUACUACUACUUGUGCUAUCGUUGGCUCUCUUUCUCACUGUCUGUCUGUAAGGACAUCCACCGUAACUAGUUAAAUAAUUGUGCCGAUUUGAGACUAAGCACGUCAGUAGCAUUGUUCAGAACUCCAGGCAUCUGGCGUGAAAACCUUGAAAACAGAACCAAUAGAGCAGAUAUAAUCAAUAACACCUACCACGCAACACCAACAACAUCAGUACUAUCCAAUUCUUAAGACCCGAAACAAUCACUACCGAUAAUAACGACUACACAGCAGCGACGACCUGCGACGGCUGCAGAGCAGUAAGUUGAGCCAGUUGCUGACAGCUGCCAGUCGUGGUCGUCGAUACCGAACCGAUCUUGACGAUUGACGCAAGGUGCCCGCCCAGAUAAAAAAAACCGACGUCGACGUGAACACGAUGGCCAUGGAUCCUCCCGAUGUAGUACUAUCGCCGGAGCGUGAAGGUGGCAUAGUAGCAACCGGUAGCGGUAGUAAAACUACCACAGCGGCGCUACUACAGCUACACCACAGAGCACAUCCACAGACACCACCGGCGGCGUUUCAUCUAGCGGGUGAGGUAGCCGGGCACCAGCAGCGCUCCGUGGUGCUGCUCCAGCAGUUGUCCACAACUACGUCGACGACUACGAUGGCGACGGUAACGCCGCCGAGCAGUAGUGGUGGCGGUGCUGGUGCCACCCAGUUCACGAGCAUUGCCGUACCGACGGCACUGCUCGCUUCAGCCGGCCAGCUACAAUCGGUCGCCGGUGGGUCGAACAGUUCCGCGGUGGCAACUCCUUCCAGUUUGGCUUCAACGAAUGUCUCGCAGCCAGCGCCUCCUAUCGAGCGCCUAUCACGUCCGAUGGCAUUCGAUAAGAUGGAAUCAUUAGUCCGGGAGAUGCAAGACUCAGAGAACGGCGUACCCGUACGCAGCCAGAAACUAUUCUUGACGUCUAUUCCAUCUGCUUUCAUGGGUAAGUUUUGUGUAUAUAGAGUUGGGCAAACAUUGGAACUUAUUUUUAUAUCCCGUAUGUACUAUCCACCUCUAGGAUACGAUUUGAUAGAAUGGUUGAUGGAGCGACUAAGCAUCGAAGAGUCCGAGGCACUGAACAUUAGUAACCAGCUGUGCCAGCAUGGUUACUUCUUUCCCGUGUCCGACUCGAAGACGCUGAUGGUGAAGGAUGACUCCUCACUGUAUCGCUUCCAAACGCCAUACUACUGGCCCUGGCAGCAGAAGGCACCCGAUCAGAUCGAGUACGCGAUCUAUCUGGCCAAGCGGUCGUUGCGCAACAAGCAACGUCACGGGCUGGAGGACUAUGAAACCGAAGCGCUCGCCAGCCUGCACAAGAACCUGAAGGGCAAGUGGGACUUCAUACUGAUGCAGGCGGAGGAGCAGGUACGGUUGGCGAAGGAUCGCAAAAAAGGCGACAAGAUCGUGGGUGAUUCGCAGGAACGGGCGUACUGGCGUGUACAUCGACCACCACCCGGGCAGUUCACACCGCUCGAACCAUGUCCGAUACCGUCGCGUGAUCGGCAGGGUAAACCCCGCAAGCGUACGGUUGAAGACUGGCAGCGCGAGGUCGACAUCCUCAAGGCAUCGCUCGGCCGCAACCGGGUGAAGAUGUCGCAGGCGUGCGAAAGUCUGGUCGUGUACUACGAAACGUUCAGCGAGUACGAUCCAAUGAUGCAGCCACCGUUACCGUCGAACCCGUGGGUGACGGAGGACGUAAGCUUCUGGCAGCUGAACAACCCGGUCGUCGAGAUACCGACGGAGAAGCGCGUCAAGCGUUGGGGCAUCUCCAUCGAGGAGGUCGUCUCGGAUCCGACAGGGCUGCAGGAGUUUACGCACUAUCUCAAGAAGGAGUACUCGCACGAAAACAUACGCUUCUGGAUGGCGGUGAACGAUCUACGGCGCUCCUCGCAUUCGCAGAUUUCACGCAAGGUGAAGGAAAUCUACGAAGAGUUCCUGGAGCCUGGCGCACCCUGUGAGAUCAACAUCGACGGUAAAACGAUGGAGAAGGUACAGCAAGGUUUGAAAAAUCCGUCCCGAUUUGCGUUCGAUGCAGCAGCCGAACACAUCUACACGCUGCUGUUGAAGAAGGAUUGCUAUCCACGGUUCGUGCGCUCGGAACACUACAAGAGCUUGAUGGUGAACGCGAUACAGCCAUCGCUCAAGAAGCGUUUCUUUGGCUUUGGUGGUGGAGCGAAGAAGAAGGGUUCAACCUCGACCGCACCGAAUCCAUCGAUGCUUACGCAGCCCUCCGCCGGACCAGCAGGAUCGGGCAACGUCAACAGUCUGUCCAAGCGACGCGGUAGUGAUCGCAGCCUGUCCGGAUCAGCGCACGAACUGGCGAUAUCGGGCGUGAAGGAUUGUUCUAAAGUGCCACAUUCUCAUAGCCAAAGCAAUCUGAGUGACAUUCCUUACAGCGUAUCGAUCUACCGUGGUGAUAUGCCGUCCGGUGUUUAUGAGGGUGUCUCAUCAUCAUCUAGUAGUACACCCGUGCGGGGAAACGUACGAGUGACAGGUGGAAAGCAACAAGAUGUGAAUAAAAAUCUAGGAACUACACUCGAGGUAACGCUGGAAGGUUCCGUAUCGGGAUCGUGUGCCGUUUGCCCUUGGGAUACGCCCGUCAUCGAGAAACCGGCCUCAGAUACCGCCGUUUCUGUCUCGGUGUGUCCGUGGGACAGUGCCGAUGCAAAACCGGUACCGGCAAAAACGGACAGCAGUAAGCAGAAGCAGUACAGUGAUCUACCGCAAAGCACUACCGAGAUAAGCGAGGUUUCUGAACGGAUGAAACGAUCGUGUGGUUUGCGCCAGAACACACUCGAUGGUGACUUUCACAGCACCAAACGUUUGGCACCGGUUGUGACCGAACAGCGACGGGCUUCCAUGACGAUGGCUCCGAGAUUGUCGGAUCUACAGUUCUGUAUGCGUGCAAAUUCUACCGGUAGUGGUGCAACACCACCCGACAGUACCGGUUGUCUGGCGACUCUGCAACAACAGCAGCAGCAACCUAUCGCCGGACAUCAGCAGUACCUGCAGCAUCAGUCAUCGGUGCGCAUUUCGCAAGGAUCGCUAUCGACGAGCUUCGAGGAGAAGGAGGAAGGUUCAGGUACGGUGUUCUACAAUGCGGAAUCAGGCACCGCACCAACCAUCACCGAGGAGCACGUUGCGUUAGGUGGCGUUAUCAAUCCGGCAGAUGCUAACGCACCGCACGAGCGUUUGCAGGAUCGCCACCGGCAACAGUCGGGCGAAGAAGGUGGCGAAGGCGUCAAGGUACAGGAGCGGAGUGCUGCGGAUGGUGUUGGAACUACUAGUGCACGUGACGGAACGCUUCCACAACCAUUGCCAGCCACUGUUUGUGGUACGGAUACUAUCAUGAGUGCACCGUCCGAUUCCAUCAGCACGGUGCUCAGCACAGUGGGCACGGUGGACAUAAUGCAGCAGAAAGCAUACGGUACGGGCAGCGUCCCAGCAACUACAAAAGCGGUGUUGAACACACCGACUACUACUACUAUAUGCACGUCGUCGGCCGGUAUGGGCGGUGGAGUUAGGGAGACGAUCGAUGCGAACAGUCAGCGUCCGACGAACGUGGACACUGCACCGGAAUCAACCACUGGUACACCUAGAAUAAGUGUAAUCUAUGCAAAUACACCCGAGGAAGAGCAGACGCGCGAAAAGCAGUUGGAAGAGGAGGAGGAAGAGGAGGACGAAGCGGUAGAGAAGGAGGUUAAAGCCAUAGGGCAGCAGCAAGGCGGUGAUCUCUAUCGGAUGCAAACGCUCGACAGUGCAAGGGGCGAACCAAGACAGAGCAGUAUAGCGACCGACGGUACGAUCCGUUCGAUGCAUCAGCAUCCGGCCGGCACUAGUACGGCGGCAACGCAAACGAUUGACGUGCUGCAGGGUGACGUUGGGCAGGACAUGUCACCGCUCACCGAGGUCGAGGAUGGGUUCUACGUGGAGUCGCUGCGACAGCAACCACACGGCCCGGUCGGGAUUGAUCCAUCCGUGUACGACAUCAUCAUGGACGGCGGUGACAGCGGGUUGUUGCCCGGCUGUGUUGCACCGGCACCAACGCCCGCACCGUCAAUAGCACCGCUCGCCGAGGUAGAGCUAGAUCCACCGGACGACGAAACGGAACCGGACGAGCUCGAACCGUCUGCGGUUUGUGGGCAGACGAACGAACCACCGCCGGAACAACCUUCCAGCACAUCCGCGACGGUCGUUAUUGUCGAUGAUCUUACCAAACGCCGCAAGCGCAAGGAGCGCAAGGAUCGGGAGCAGGACACGAUUCGUGCGCAAAAGAGCGAAGAGGAGAACAGCGAACGGAAGGGCAACGCCGUCUGCCCGUGGGAUGAUGAAAGCGAAUCAGCAGCGGACGAUGCACCGUACGUGAAAACUUACUCCACGCUGGGAUACCUGUAGACUGCUCACGGAGCUAGAGCUAGUGUACAGUUUGUAUAUGGUGGAAGUGUAGCAAAGUAUGGUUAAGCGAUGAGAUGUGUGAACUUUGGAGCUAAAAACACACACACACCGAUGGCACCCGUUGGCUGCUGAUGCGGCUGAGCCAAGCAAAGCAAUAAUUGGACACAAUGCAUCAGAUGAGAUUGAGUCGCCACCUCCUUUCGUAGCUACUGGACACUAUCGCUUUGCCUUGUACUCGGGUGUUUUUUGGGUAGAUUGGUGUCACCAUUUUGAUUUUUUUGGUCACGAUUUGUGUGUACACCAUUUGGAAGUUAAUUUGUGUGUUUUCUUCCCAUCUGCUUCAGUUACAUUCAUGUGCAGCUGACUGUACAGAGCCAUAUUAGUGUAUUAGGUUAAGGUGAAUAUAGUUUUUUUUGUAAGUAUUUAUAUGUUACAGAUAAUAGUAUUAUACCAACAUAAAAUUUUAUACUAAUAUCUCUUAUUGAGUGAAUACUCGUAAGUCACUUGGAAGUUGAACAAUCAAAGAGCCCUUUUGCAAGAAAAUAAAAUCCAAGUUCAAGAGAUAUCGAUUCCGCCGAUGCGACAAAUAUAACGAUCUUGACCAGCCAUUAGACUUGUGGCGCCUGGGUGAGAUCUCGGACCUGGACAAUACAGAUAGGCUGUAAAUGGCGAUCACACAAACGGCUUUCGUGUUGGUAAUGCACACUACCGCGGAAGAUAUUCUUUGCACCUCCUCCUCCUCCUCCUCCUCCUCCUCCUCCACAUUCUCAAUUACCCCAACUCCCCUCUCUCCGAUCCCCAAGGAUGAGGUAGGUACGGUUGCAAUGCUGGAGCCCCUUACCGCAAACGGUGUGCCACGAAAGCCGUACAGCAGUUGAUCUUUACCAACCUAUCUGCGUCUCCAUUCCAGGAUGCGACCACACGGGUGUGACAAAUCAUGGAGCCAAAACAAAAAAAAACAAUUAAAUGACUGUCAAGGUCAAGAACUAUUUGCGAACGUUGACCAGUUUUGAGGAGAUGUCCGACUAGUGUUUGUAGUGAGCCAUUGGUAGAUUUAAGCAAUAAGCAUACACACACAUUCGUAUUUUGUUUUUUGUUGUUGUGAGAAAUGCAGCACUCUUUUAAGCAGUAAUAUCAGUCUUCCGGUUUGAGAGUGAUUCAUAUCGUGUGCAAAAAAGAAAAAAAAAGGAUGCAUGCUGCCAGGACUCAGGUUAGCCCGGUUGCCGCGGUGCAAUAAUUUCAAUAUCUCAAAAUGUACUAGUUAUAGCAUAAAUACUCAAUACGUACGCGUACACUUAGCAUACCCAUCUUCCGUGGAAAGAGGGAACAAUAGUAACCAAGCAACAGCAAAGCAAAUAAUCCGUUACCGUAACGGGUAACAUAUACAUUGUAUUACUCAUAUUAGACAUGUAGACAAAAAAAAAACCCUGGGAAGGGCAAGUGACAAAACGUAGUGGAAGGUGAAGAAGGUACUUUAUCAGCUUUAUGUACCAUUCGGUACAAUACGGUAGUGGGUACGAUAUUAGCAGCUAUUUUGCAAAAAAAAACGUACAUUAAUGAUGCGUUACCUGCUAGUGUAACGCUAACAGGAUCGUCACUAAAGUCUAUAGCUAACAAUUUGCUUUUUCUUUAAUUAACAAAACGUUUUAGUUAAGGUCUUUUCGUUCGCGAAACAACACCUAAUAUAAACAUAGGCAAUUAGUUAAAUACUUUCCCGUGUGCUUCGCCUGAAUAACAUCAGUAUAGAAUUCCUUGGAAUUGCAAAAUGACUACGUUUUCACAGUAUUAUUCGCUUGAGUAGCAUUUUUGGUGGAUAGCAAAGCAAUAGCUUAACACUUUGUUAGAAGAAAACCCAAUUUUGUUGCAAUUCGUUUAGGUUGGAAAACCACCAUAGUACCCGUACGUUGUGGUACUGUAGUGUUCACACGCAAUAUAGGGUAUAGGAAGGUCUUUUCCUGAGGAGUGCGCAUUGCAUAUUCCCUGCCCCAUCUCUGACGUAACGUUUAGCGCGUAACGCGUUACGCGAGUCGUUUCUUCACUUACCUAACGCUCUACUCGCACCUUACCCGUGUAAGAGAGCAUCCAUUCCCAUCGGAUCACAACAUAUCCUAACAUUUACCAAAUGAUCAUCACAUCCUUCUGCAUCGACGCUAACACUACAAAAAACCCCCCUGCAAGUUAGCGCAAGUCUCUUUAUAGGAAUAAAAUUUGCAAUAUUACACCAUAGAUGCUUGUAACAAAACAACAACAACAACAAAAACACGUUUAAAAACAUAAUAAUCAAUGCCUCUAAUCAACUGAAUGCAAUACCGGUUAGCAAAACAAACAUUGCGGAUCCCGGAUGAAACUAUCUCAAGUAACUAAGCUUAAGGUUUACUCGGCGCUCGAUAAAUAUUGGUGACAUUAAGCAACUAGCGGGUAACGCUACAGUUAAGCUAGUGGGACGUUACUACUAAGGUAUAUAAAGAAAGAGUAGCUGCUUAGGUGUAAUAAUGUUUGCGACUUUGGAAAAUGGGCAGGCAUGGGAUACGAGAUGGGAAAAAGAAAAGCGCUGGAAGCGUUUUUCUAAGGUUACAGAACGGAAUCGAUAUCGUUUGAUCAGCUGAUGCAUAAUAACGGCAUUUGAUAUAAAAAAAACAUCCAAAGUACUUCGAGUUUUACACUAAUAACUCCUUCAGUUUUGUUAUGUAUAACAAGUUUGGUUGAAUCUUAAGUAUACUGGUAUACUGUUAUACAACUUUGGUGUACUGUGAGGAAAAACUCUAUUUUUUUUCUCUGGAAGGUUUAUCAUUUUUUUCUCCUAUAAAAUUUGCUAUAAAAUCUACUGUUAUACAACUUUAGUAUACUGUGAGGAAAAACUCUAUAUUUUAUUUUCUCUGAAAGUUUUAUCGUUUUUUUCUACUAUAAAAUUUGCUAUAAAAUCUUUCAUUUCAUUUCUGUGUGCAUUUGGAUUACUAAUAAUUUUACUAUAAUUUUUUUUUGAUUCGGGAUUUGAUCCACGACCGAGUCGUGUGCUUGACCGUAGGUCAAGUCCAACGACCGUGGGCUCGCUAUCAUUUCUUAACGUUAGAAUGUAUUUUUAAUCUUCCAUGGUAGCAAUACCAGACCUCUAGUUCCGUUUUAGCAAGCAACUAGUGAUAUAAAGAUCGACCUAAUACAUUCGAACGGGCGGCGAGAUGUGACAGUGUUACGAAUGUUUGUACGUGCACUCUUUCGAUGCUGUCAUGUCAAAACGCUUUGUGUGCCAAAUGUGUAAAACGGUUCAUACAAUCUAGCAACAUAACCAUACUAUCUUUGCUACACACACACCUAAAUCCCAGCAUUGCCGAUUGCAGUGAGUUUCGUAUGGGACAAACACGCGCGCUAAGGAACGGUUUUGCGAUCGAAGGAACAGUAUGACAGUAAUGCAAUAAUAGUAACCGGAGUGAUCGUGAAUGUGAACAGGCAUGAGCCGGAAGGGUGGCAAAAAUAUUUACUUAACAAACAAAAAAACAAAACAAACCCCAAUUUCCGAAACAAUAGACAAACAAAUAUGUCUGAAAAACACUUCAUAUUUAUCCAUGUGGAAUGGUUGUUGUUUUACAUAUAAAGCGAAAACAAAGUACUUUUUGCAAAACAAAAAAAACUGAAGCAGACGCACACAAAUAACACUAGAAGCUGUUUUCUAUUUACUCGAUAGCUAAUCAUGAAACAGAAGAUAAAACCUUCAUAAUCCUAGCAAAGGAAAGAGGAAUAGAGAAAGGAAUAAAGAAGAAAAGAGAGAAUGAAAGAGAGAAAGAAACAUAUUAUUGAAAAAAUAAGAAUGCAUAGGUAAACUUUCUUAAAGUAAAACAAAAAAAGAGCACACAUACGGACAAGAAAAAAAAAAUAAGAGAACAUUAGUGUCUCAGAUAGAAAGAAAAUGAAGCUCAAAUCAGUCAAAUGAAAUAGAACUCAAAGCAAGAAAAAAAAAGAAACCCCAAGAUUGUCACACAAUCGUACCGCCGUAUGUGUAUGUGUGUGUGUAGUAUUUAGCUGUGUGUGUGCGUGGGCAGCACUAGGUAAACUAGGGGCAGAAAGGAUCCAAAUAAUAGGCAAAAAUAAGCCCGUCUUGCAAAACAAACAACAAAAAUCCAAUUGAGAUGCCUAUUAAUCAAUCAUAAAUAUCUAAUGCGCAGUAAGACUUUUCUCACUAACUGAGGAUUACUAAAUCAAACGAAAUGGUAAGAUUGCUUGUAUGAAUGAGAUACUACAAAAUGGCCGCAUAUGGCGAUACUACCGGCCAGCCAUUACGGCACAGUAUGAUGCUGACGAUAAGAUGGUUCAAAAGCUUUACGUUAUUUUAAGUGAACUUUGACAUUAUAAAUUAGAAACCAAUUAACAAUUAUUAAAACAAUCUUGCAAUAUUAAUCAAAAUUAUUAGCAUUUUUUUCCUUCUUUUAAACUUAAGCAUUUUUUGCUCUUUUACUUUUAUUUUCUCUCUUUCUAAAUAUUUGUUUUAGAAAAGAAAAUUCGAAAGACUUAAGCAUUCUGUUUCCCAUCUGAAAGGUAGUACGAGUGUAUUAGUAAGAUUUGGGGAUGGUAAUUGGAAACACCAAAAACCAAUAAACCUCCCCCGAAAAAAAACCGGAUGAUAACGAGUGAGAAACAGGAUAACAAAGAGAAUGGAUAGAAUUAUUAGCAAAUCAAAGAAACAAAAACACAAAAACUCGAGAUAUAAGAAAUUCAAAGAGAAAGAAAAAUGCAAAAGUUGAAAGAAAGAAAAAGAGAAAGAAAAAGAGAAAAAGAAAGAGAAGGAAAACGUUGUAACAAGUGCAAAACAUUAGCAACCAAAAACCGCUAUUCGUGUAAAGGCACCAAUGUAUUAAAAUGCCCCUAAAUUGUAUUAUUGCCAAAAGCAGUAUGGCAAACAGCCAAACCUCCCCCCCCAAAAUUGGAUAACUUAUGCGGUCUAAAGAAAUGGAACAAAAAAGUUGUAGAAAGGAAGCGGAAAGUGAUGGAAGUGGCAACAGGAUGAUGUGCAAAAACCCAUCUAGUGAACAUAAUAAAAUCAAGCUAAAAACAAAAAAAAAAUAACGAAGUAUGUAAAACAUGCCACCGGUUAGGAAGUAAUUGAAUAAUAAUACUGGAUGCAUACUCAAAUAAACCCCAUUUAAAAUUGCAAAGUGCAACAAAAAAAAACAAAACGAAUCCCUAAACUUACAAUAUAUUGUGCACUAGAAAUUUUGGCCUGCUGUCAAGUAUUGGUUUAGUCUCAACAAUUUUUGUCUCAAACUCAGUCUCUAACUGGAACGGGAUACGGUAGAAGAUGAAAAGAUCUUUUGCCAUGUGAAGGGAAAACGGAAAACAUCUCCAAGGAACGUGAGCUAAACUAAUAUUGAGAGGGCAUUUAAAGUAGUAAGAAGUAAGACACAGAAAUGCAGCCUAAUUAGGAAGUGAUGGGAAAAUCUUUUCAACGUAACUAGUAGACGGCAUACGUCUUUAAAAGGGUAUUAUUAUAGUACAAUGAGUAAUAAAAUCAACCAGAAAAUUUAAAGACUCGUGGAUGGUUAAGAAAAAGAGCGAGAGAGAGAGAGAGAGAGAGAGGAAGACGGUGAAAGAGAAAAAAAGAGAAAAAGAGAAAAAGAGAAAAGAAUAGAGGGAUCGGUUAGAUGAAAUUGGUGAAUUUAUUAAAUUGUUACAAAAUUCCAAGUCUAAGUGUUAAAAAAAAAUAUUGGAGAACAAUAGCUUCAUGUGGGGUAUAGUUAAAAAAACCAAAAAAAAAAACAAAAACCGCGGGCGAUAAAAGUAGGGUUAGACAAAUCUGCAUUUUUCCUUUACACCCGUAUUGAUUCGUAAGUAUUUUAUUUUCUGUUUUUUCGGGUAAGUCAAAAUUAAGAAAUAAAGAACAAACAAAAAAAACAAAAAACAAACAGGUUAUCUUACAACACUUGUGCACACAACUAUAGGUGCGUGAACCGGGGAGGGCAAAAGAGUGAUAGAGUAUAGUGCGUAACCAGGUGUAGAGAGCUAAAGAGUGGUAGGAAAUAUUAAAAAGACAAAAAAUAUAUAACACACAACAAAAAAAAAACAAACAAACAAACGCUGCUAUAUGGGCAGCCGGCGAACGCAAAUGUUCAAUCAAACACUAUAUACUCAAAAAAAACCCCAUUUUGAAAUUGAUAUGUAUAGGUGCAGAUGUAAAACGUAAACGUCAGAUUGGUCUCUCGGUCAGUUUUGUGUUUUGUGUGGUUUUGGUUGCUUGUUAAACUAACCUUAUGCUUCGGUUUCGAUUGUUGACAUUUAAAUAAUAGAUAUUUGACAUUUAAUUGAACGUUGUUUGGUAGUUCGAUCUCUUUCCCCCACACACGCGUAUAUUGAAUUAUUCCAAUAUGGAGAAUAACUUUCGUUCACAUAUUGGGGUUCAGUGCUUCGUAUUUGACAGAAAAUGUUUCGAGGAAAAAAAACAAAAUUUAACAAAAUAUGCAAAUAAACAAUAGCAACAAUCAAAAUAAGGUUUAGAACAGACAUUGGUGCUUAAUUUUAAUUUCAUCUAAUAUGUUACUUAGAGCGGUCGCGUGAAGCGUAAUAAUUUUGGCAUUUAGUUUAUAUUUAACAAAAACAAAAAAAACAAAACUUACCAAUUGUACUUGUGGCUCGGCUAUCGUAGUGACAAGAGAGUGGCUAGAAGCUGUUUUGCAAAAUCAUACAUACCCCUGUAAUUCACACACACACAUGUGCGAGCCAGUUCGUCGAUCUUUGCGGAUCGUCAAAUUGUGCGUGUGGAGGCUGUGGCUUGCCCAGUGUACCAGCUGACAAGCCAUCUAUCGCCGUGAAAAGUGUCAACAACCGAAGCUAUAAAGAAACAAAAAAAUACACCGAUUAGUGUGUGUGUUUUGUGUAUGUACAUCCUGUCGGUAAUGUAAUGUAAUGGAAGUAAGCAAAACCAAAUGUUAUACAAUAGAACGCAAGUGAACCCCCACGAUUUGGCUAAAACAGGAAAAAAAACAAAAUCAUCUCCACCAUUUGUCACACAAGAAAAAGGAUGUUAAAGCAUAACAAUACAAUUCACUACCAUUCAUUCUGCAGCCCUAUUUCCUUACAUUGCAUUGGAUUGAUGUAAAAUUCAAAAUUAAAUCAACCAAACAACAAACUCUUAAACCGCUGUGAAUGUUAUGACUAAUUAAAGAUAUAAACAUUGAUAUGGAAUCGAAACGGGCAAUGGUGUGCGUAAGGUAUGCGGUACAGUGUGUGGCGCUUGUUUAUGUGUGCCGAGCCACCAUCACGCGGCAUGACAGUUGCGCUAUCUGUCGUGUGACAGAUGCGCUCAGAAAAGCUUGUGAUUGAAAAGAUGGAGAAAUUUUAUUUCCCGCUUGUGGUGGUUGACAGGAAUGUAGCUUAAAGUGAGAAGAAGAAAAACAGAGAAAAGAGAACGAGCGGUGGUAUGUUUUUGUGUGCGUGAGGGAGAGAGAGAGACAGAGAGCGAGAAAAAGAGAGAGAGAGAGAGCGAGAGAGAAAGAUAUGCAAAUGAAAAAAAAAACAAAAUGGUUGGCUAGCUUGUCUCACACACCAGCAGAGACUUGGUUGGGUGCGAAGAAGUGGACAUACAGGAGAUAUGGUACAAACAUGCAGAGAUUGCAAAACGUACAAAGGCGAUCCUUGGAAGGAAAACAACAACAACAAAAACAGAUGAAACAUUGCUAUAUCAUUAUGUUGUAGAGAGAAUCAAAUAAAACUACAAUAAAAGUAUAAACACGCUGAUCGGGAUAA